AUGGCGUGUGCACUUAAGAGCCGUAUCAGUGUUUUAUCACGUCCUCUGAAAACGAUCUUAUUAUCGUCAUCGUCACCAACAGCAACAACAACGACUUCUGCACUGACGUUUAUCACUCAUCGAUGUUUAGUUACCGCAGCUGCCGCAAAAGGUCAACAAUUAUUGACCGUUCGAGACGCGUUAAAUCAAGCAAUUGAUGAAGAGAUCAAGCGUGAUGAACGUGUUUUUCUCAUCGGAGAGGAAGUGGCUCAAUACGAUGGAGCUUAUAAGAUUUCGAAAGGUUUGUGGAAGAAGUAUGGUGAGCAUCGUAUCGUUGAUACGCCAAUCACGGAGAUGGGCUUCGGAGGAUUGGCAGUGGGCGCAGCAAUGGCUGGUUUAAGACCGAUUUGUGAAUUUAUGACGUUCAAUUUUGCAAUGCAAGCAAUCGAUCAUAUCAUUAAUAGUGCUGCAAAAACAUGCUACAUGUCUGCAAGUCGGGUACCAGUACCGGUGGUAUUUCGUGGACCGAAUGGCGCAGCCGCAGGUGUAGCAGCGCAACAUAGUCAAGACUAUUCGUCAUGGUACGCACAUUGUCCUGGUUUAAAGGUAGUUGCGCCGUAUAGCUCCGAGGAUGCGAAAGGCCUUUUAAAAGCGGCUGUUCGAGACGAUAAUCCUGUGCUCAUAUUGGAGAAUGAGUUGUUGUACGGUCAUUCGUUCCCAGUCUCAUCAGAGGUGCUCUCAGAAGAUUUUGUGGUACCAAUUGGUAAGGCAAAAAUCGAACGUACUGGUGAGCAUGCCACAAUUGUAACCUACUCAAAAGCUGUUGAAAUGUCACUGCAAGCUGCCGAUGAAUUGGCGAAGGAAAAUAUUAAUGUUGAAGUGAUUAAUUUACGUUCACUGCGACCGUUAGAUAUGACGACAGUGAAGGAAUCGUUGAAUAAGACUCAUCAUUUAAUAACCGUCGAAACUGGAUGGGCAGCUUGCGGAAUUGGUUCUGAAAUUAGUGCGAGGGUGGUCGAAUCGGAAGCGUUCGAUUAUUUGGAUGCACCAAUCUAUCGUGUUACUGGAGUGGACGUCCCGAUGCCCUAUGCACCAAUACUCGAAAGCGCAGCCCUUCCAACCAGUGCAGAUGUAAUCGUACAAGUGAAAAGAAGUCUUAAUCUGAUACAUUAA